CGAUAAGGCAGUUCUCUCGAUGUAUUCAUGGUCGCAGUCGUACAUCGUACAUACAUACUCGUAACAUUGUCGGAUCUUUUUGAAGCAUAUAGAUCUAGUUAUUUGACUGUGAUACAAUUGUGACACGCUCGAAUCAGCUGAUUUUCGGAUUAUGGCCGAAUAUCUGGCAUCGAUUUUCGGGACUGAGAAGGACAAAGUCAAUUGUUCAUUUUAUUUCAAGAUAGGCGCCUGUCGACAUGGAGAUCGAUGCUCGCGAAUUCAUAAUAAACCGACCUUUAGUCAGACGUGCCUACUGCAGAAUCUGUAUGUAAACCCUCAGAAUUCUGCGAAAAGCGCAGAUGGAUCUCACUUGGUCGCAAACGUGUCUGACGAAGAGAUGCAAGAACAUUACGAUAAUUUUUUCGAGGAUGUUUUCAUCGAAUGCGAGGACAAGUACGGGGAAAUCGAGGAGAUGAACGUGUGUGACAAUCUCGGCGAUCACUUGGUUGGAAAUGUUUAUAUAAAAUUUCGCAGAGAGGAGGAUGCUGAGAGAGCGGUGAACGACUUGAACAAUCGUUGGUUCGGCGGCAGACCGGUUUACGCCGAGCUCUCGCCCGUCACCGAUUUUCGCGAGGCCUGCUGUCGUCAAUAUGAAAUGGGCGAGUGCACGCGUUCCGGAUUCUGUAACUUCAUGCACUUGAAGCCCAUCUCCCGGGAGCUGCGCCGCUACUUGUACAGCCGAAAGAAGGGCAAGGGUCGAUCAAGAUCACGCUCGAGAUCGCGAGGUCGCGACCGCAGGAAGAGAUCCCGAUCUCGAGAUAGAAGAUCUAGAUCUAAAGAUCGACGCAAGGGACGAGACGAGAAGGGGGGCAGGGACGGCAGAUCUGGGCGCUACUAAUAAAAUUUUGUUCGUACAUUUUAAAUUUAGUUUUCAUUAUAUCCGAGAUUUAGUAUAUCUACUUGUGAUUUUUGAUAGUUAAGUUCUGUCUUAUAUUUUAAGAAAUCAUAUGAAAUUGUAUUCCUUUAUUAUUAAACAAAUAAUAGUUCGAAAGUUCAUGUAAAACAUUUUCUGUCUAAUUGAUAAUUUUUUUCCUUCGAUGUUUUAUAUUCAUCGUUCAAUAUUAAAUUACUGUGGUAUUACUGGGGUAUAUAAGUUCUGUAAUAGCGGUAUAGGCGGCAGCACCAACUUACUGAUGUGUGUCUAGAAAAAAAUACACUAUUGUAUUUUUACAAGAUAUAUUUUUUGUGUAUGCAUAUCAAUUAAGAUAAAUAAUGGGUAAUGUAUACUCAAAAUUUUUCA